AUGACACCGCAAAGCGGUGCAGGUGCUGUCACUUCUGCACCUAAUAUGCAAAAUGCAAGUGUAGCAGGUGGUUUACUUGGUCUUUUUUCUUCUAUUUAUACCGCUGAAACUAAUAAGCAAAAUACUUGGAAAACAAAUGGAAUGAAUAGGUAUAUAGCAGAACAAAACAAUAAACUUGCUAAAACCUUGUCAGACCCUGCUUACCAAAAAUCACGCAUGAGAUUAGCAAAUCUACGAGCAGAUACAGGCAAUAUAAGCCCCUCUGUUCCAAAUCUUGAUACACCGACCAUGACUGCACCGACCGUGCCAGAAUUAUCUACAGGUAUAGCAGGCGGUAUAACUGCAGGAAAUAGCCAAGAUAACCUCGAGUUAAUGCGUCAAAAGUUACCUUAUGAACUUGACAUUUUGAAAUCCCAAAAUAAGAUUAACGAACAGCAGGCAACUAACCUCGAAAAUAUCAAUACGCAUUACAUCGACGAACUACAGGCUAAACUUACGCAAAUUUAUAGCGAAAACGAGAAAACAAGGCUUGACAAUUCAAAACUUUCCCUUACUCUCUUUGGCAUAGACAAUUUCUACAACGAACAUGAAAGCCCCCGUGCUUUCUUCAAAAAUGGACAGUUGUUUAUCAUACCUCAAAAUAACGACUAUCGUUACCCAUACGAUAACCAAAACAUGUCUCCUGCUCGUACCUAUAUUUUUGAUAGUGGCUACAAUUCGCAAAAUAAAUUCGAUGUCCCUAUGCCAAUAGAGGACUUGCUUACACGUUCUUAUGCUAUGGCUUCAUUAAGCCUUAUCAAAGCACAAGAAAAGCUUGUAUCAGCUCAAGAAACUUCUGCUAUUGCAUCAUCGAAUUUGUCAAAUAUCCAAACAUCACAACAAACACUAGAUUAUAAUCUUUAUUCAAAGUUCGGAAUAACAAAAAAUGAUGACGUUUCUUUGCGUGCUGUAACUUCACAAGCGAAUUUGGAUAAAUUGACAGUAGCCAAUGGCAACAGGCUAAACGAGUUGUUAAGCACACGCAUCGAACAGCCUAAUCAGACUUUAUUUGAUCUCUCUUUCCGUCGUUCAUCGACUGCCAAUUUUGAAAAACUGUACCCAAUAUUCUGCGAGCAACUUAUGCCAAAUGAUGUGGCAUACCUCAAAGCAAAUCUUUACGUUCGUUCUCUUCCUCUUGCAUCUCCUACCCUCACAUCACAGCGUGUAAAGGUGCAUUUCUUUUUCGUUCCUAACUGCUUGACGUGGAGAUAUUGGGAUAGAUUUGUGGCUAAUGCCGACGAAAACGGACAAGCAUUUGCAGAUACUGACCGCCCACAGGUACCAUUUUUCUAUGCUGACGAUCUUGCUCGAGUUGCAAAUAAACAUCUUUAUGGCUUAUGGGCUGAGCAAGCGAAAGAAGGUGCUUUGGUAAGAGAUGAAGUACGUGACGUUUAUAAUUGGCUUAAACGCCCAUUUACUUUGCCUAUCGACGAGCAAAGAGCGCGUUAUACUUACGAAAGCCUGUUCGGUAUUAAGUCUCUUUUCGCCCAUUUAGGCUACAUGAAUUUUGAAGAAUAUGCUGACCUCGAAGUUAUUAAAAAAUAUCAAGGUGGAAAUACUUCUGUCUCACACUACAAAGAUUUCUAUCUUGCAAGAGAAGAAGAGGACACUAAAUUAAAAUAUAGUUCUUUGCCUAUUCGUGCUUACGACUUGAUUUAUGAUGAAUUUUAUCGAGAUAACAAUCUGCAAGACCCUAUUGGCAUAACUACCGAUUUAAUGUACUUUUCAGGUAAUGAGUUUUCAGGCACGCCUUAUUUUAUUCCGACACAGUCAGGUAAUGGCACUAAAGAAGUAAAAGGCAUGUUUGGAUAUGCAAACUAUCUUUGGGAUACUACUGAUCAAUGCGCUACACUUUACAAGCCUUCUGAGUUUCAAAGUGUAACACAACGAACAGCCGUUGACUAUUUCAUGCGUUAUGCAAGUUUAAAGCCUAUCUCACGUCAAAUUGAUUUUACUAAUGGUGGUCUCCCUUGGUCUCAAAAAGGCAAGCCUGUUGAAAUUCUUAUGCCUGUUAAUAUUGAUAGUUGGACUUCCGACGAGCCUUUCACUCCGACAAAUCCUACAAAAAUAUUGCGUUUGAAACCUGACGCAAACCCUAGUAACACAGGUACACUCGGAGUGACUAGUCCUGAAGGAGUACUUCAUCCUGCUGAUGUUUCUUUGACGUCUCAAGUUGGUUUCGACUUUCGACAGCUUCGUCUAGCAUCUGCUUUGCAGAGAAUUAUUGACAAAGAUAGCCGUUUGUCAGGUAAGCCUUUUGAGUAUUUCAUCUCGCACUUUGGCACAGCCCCUGAACAUAUGAAACUUGCCCGCCCUCUCUAUCUUGGCGGUACAUCGUUUACUACUAAUCUUUCAUUCGUUGCGCAAACCUCUGAAAGCACCGAAACAAGCCCUUUAGGUAAUUUGGCAGCAAACAGCAAUGGCGAAGGGUAUUUGGAACAAAUCAAGUAUCACGCACAAGAGUAUGGCUAUAUAAUCGGUCUUUUGUCGAUUAGUCCUGAAAAUACUUAUACCUUUGCAACUCGCAAAGAAAUGACAUGGACUGACAUAGAUAGUUUGCCUAUGCCUGAACUUGGUUGUAUUGGCGAAAUGCCUGUAAAAGCAAGUGAAGUUUGGGCAACUAACGACGAUAGCGACUAUAACUAUUUGCCUAACUACACUUAUUUAAAGCAACACCUAUCUAGUGUCGGCGGUGAGUUUCUCACCUCGUUUCGUGAUUGGAUACAGCCGCAGCGAAAUCACAACUACAUUUUGCACAAACGAUUUGAAAGUAAUUAUGAUGAAUUAGCUUUGACUUCUGCCAUGCCUUCGUCUAAUGAGAAAAUAGGUUUCAAUUUGACCUCUCGUUUCCUUUCACGUUCAGUUUAUAACCCUGUUUCAGUUACAGGCAAAAUCUACGUUGUAGGAGAUGAGAUUUUGAGCGACAUAUCAAACUACGUUCGAAAUGUAAGAGAGCCGAAUUGCGAACAUUACAAUGAUUAUUUUUCAGAUUGGGAUAGAAAGCCUUGGUUGUAUGGCGACGCACUCGACAAUGCUUAUAAUUGUUUCCACGACACGAGCCACGAAGUUGAUCACUUUAUGUGCGAAUAUUCUUAUGAUUAUAAAGUAUUGCGUAAUUUGCCAAAGUUUGGCGAACCUGUGAUUUUGAAUUAA